GACCGAGGCUAGGACCGAGCGGACGGGGCGGGGCUCCUCUUCCAACGGAAGGCGGGGCCUGGAGGGCGGGGCCCCGCCUCUUCCGCCCGGUCUCUUGAGGGGACCGGUUUUCGGAGUGCGCUACGGCGUCCCGACAGUUUGGCGUGGCUUUUGGUAGCGCGGCCUUCCGAGGCCAGACUUUCCCACUUCCCUUUUGCGGAACGAAGCGGGUAUCUUUUUUCGAUUCUACGGGACCUGAUGUCCAUCUUUAAUCUUUUCACCCCUCCCAACUUUGUAAUCGCAUUAAGGAUGUUUGUCGCCUAGAAUUGUUGAACGCAGACUUCUUUGCCAGUACAGCCCUAACGCUGGCGACAUAGAAAUGGGCAUGACUAGACCUCGGACCUCAGUUCGGGCUUGUCAGAGGGCUGGAAAGCUGUGCGAUUGGCUUUUGUCCUAAACCAGUUGUAGCUAUGGACUUGCCAGAUGAGAGCCAGUGGGAUGAAACCACCUGCAAGUUGGCUGUUUGUCAGCAUCCACAGUGCUGGGCAACGAUCCGCCGGGUUGAGAGGGGCCACCCUCGAAUCCUGGGCCCUCCCUGCAAAACAGCUCUGAAUAAUGAAGAUGAAUCCCCAGUGCUCACCAUUGUAAACAUCUCAGAUUCCUGCUUCCGGGCCAAGAGACUUGCUCAUGGUCAUUUAUCAGGAUUUACCUUCACCAAAGCUCCCUCUUUAUUGUGUCAAGGUUCAAAGUUUGACUCCAAAUUUCAAGGCAGGCCUCGGAAGGAUCUACCUGACAAAGAUUUCACCCACUAUACUGACAGGUCUCCUAAGCUUUCAGUGCUGGAUCUGAAUGAGACACGACUUCCCAGCUCUCAAGAUGUUAGAAAUAUGGUUGUCGUCUGGAUCCCAGAACAACCAGAGAAGCGUGCAAGACCAGCUGAGAAGAAGUGCAUUGUCUCCAGCCAGGAUGGCAGAAUGAACUGUGUAGCUAAAGACCAUUUUCUCUAUAGAAAGCAGAAAACAGAAACGCAGCUGGGACCUCCAGGGAUGAAUGUGCCUCCCCCCUUGCCAGUACACAGUUUUGAGCAACUAACUUCAGAGUCCAUACCUUUCCGGAACCAAUUUGACUUGGAACCAUUACCUCAGGAUCUGUUGAAGAACCUUUUGCCUGAUGAAGGGAAAACCAGGCCUUCUCUGGAGAUGAAGACGCAAUUGGCCAUGAUGAAGAAGAAACUUGCCCUGGAGAAGAGCCGACCUGACAGUGCCAUUUCUGCAAAGAUGUUUUUUUCUGUGCACCGCCUCGCCCUGCAGAGACCAGCAUUGAGAUAUCCUGAACAUUUGAAGAAAUUGUGUUCUAACCUGAACACAGAAGGUAGAUUUUCUGGUGCUGUCAGAUCCUCAGGUCACAAGCAGCAGCAGCAGCAGCAGAAGCAGCAGCAGCAGCAGCAGAGGCUGGUGAAAACACCACCUAAGAGACAGGAGGCUAAAAAGAAACCCAAGAGCGAUCCAGGGAGCCCGAACAUUUUGCAUAAACGUUCAGGUGCCAUGGUUUAUGGCCCACGCCAUGGUCACAGAACUCUGCUGGGUUGCAAAAGUGACCAAAAGCAGCCACAGUGGAUGAAGUUAGAAGGACUCACCUUGAAGCAGGAUUCCACAGAGAGACCACAGAUGAAGAAUUCUCUGGAUUCCUUCCCCAGUAAGGAUGAUCCUGAAUUAUCUAAGACCAAACCCUCUAACAAGGACAUCAGCACUCAGGAGGACGCUGUGCUGGAAUCCCAAGAGAGGAGCCCAGAGGACCUUUCAGAUGGUACAUCUAGAACAAGGUGGAACCCUGAGCUCAAACUACUGAGGAUUCUUCAGGCCACUGACGACGAGGAUGAGGAGAACUAGCUCUCCAGGUCAGAGAGUGGAGAGUAUUUCAAGACUCUGCAGGGCAGUCUUACUCCAGAGCAGAAUGCUUGGAAUCCUGAGGACAGUGACCUUGGACAUAAGGGCAGAAAGCAGAGGGGACUUCUGCUCCCUGGAGGCUUUACCGGGGCCUGACCAUAGAGAUUCUGCUUUUUUCGUUCACUUCUCCUUGCCUCUAAAAUAAUUGAGGAGAAAAAGCCUCAUCCUUUUUAAACUUAGAUUGUUUCUCUUUCAUUAGGAACAGAAUAAUUUUAGUGAUUAAACACAACUGCUGCUUAAGCAAAAGACUCAUUCUGUUUCUGGGAGGAGGGGAGACAUGUUUCUGCUCAUCUGUUUUCUGGGUCACUUUUAUCUCCCCUCUGAAGCUCUGAAAGGUUUCCAGUUAAAGGAAGAUGAAUUUUGGGACUCCU